AUGAGCACAAUCAAAAUGUACUUUAAAAAAUAUUUAGCUAUUUUUGUAAUAUUAGCAAUUUUUGCAAUUCAAUUCACUGUACAAAGUUCUGAAAAUGAUGUUCUUACAAGCGAUGGAUCAAAUGAAGAGGAAACUAAUUUAUUACAAGAGAAAUCAGAAUCAUCAUCAAGUUCUUCUGAAGAACAAAAAGUAGUUACUGAACUACCAAAAGUUCCUGAAUAUGAUGAAGAAGCAACUAUUGCUACUAGUUUAAAAGAAAAAUCAACAAAAAAACCAAAUAAUUUAAAAUCUAAAUUUGCCGAUUUUGGAAAUAGUGUUAAAAAUAAAUUCAGUGAAACCAAUAAUAAAUUAAAAACUAAAUUUCAAGACACAAAAGAAAAAAUAAAAGAAGCUGGAGAAAGAAUAAAAGAAAAAACUUUUGGUACACAUGCUGGAAAUAAAGUUAAAAAAGCUGGUAAAAAAGUUAAAGAAAGAUUGUUUAGUCUUGGAUCAGGAAUUAAGAACAAAUUUUCUAAGUUUUUCUAA